UGGCAAAUGAUAAGAAAAACUAACGUUGAGUCUUGUCUUGAAUUUGACUCAGUACAUCAACAUCUGUACGAAGAUGGCCGUCUUCAUGAUAAACAUAUGUAAAUACAACGGCUGUGGCAUAACUUUUCCGAGAUUAGCGGACUUAAUUGAACACAUCGAAGACGUCCAUAUCGAUUAUGAUCCUGCCGUCGUUGAACAAAAAGAGGCUUCCCAGCCGUCGUGUAUUCCGUUAAGUUAUGUGUUGAAGUUUUUUACCGAGGCCUCCAGGCGGGAGAUCCAAAACAUGCCCCCAGUGGCCGAGGUUCGGCGGCGCCUGCUCUCUGCACCCAAAACACCAUCUGUCCGAAGCAGCACCCCUACUGGCAGCGACAUGGACGAGGACGAAAUGAUGAGCCCGUCGGAAGACAGCAAUGAUUCUUGGACUACUGUGGAGGAGUAUAGCUCCGAAUACAUACUGCGUUAUGGUGUCAAUCGCCUAGGCGCAGCGUCCGCGGUAGGCCCGACGGUGCAAGACAAGCCGUUCGCGUGCCCCGUGCCCGGCUGCAAGAAACGCUACAAGAACGUCAACGGCAUCAAGUACCACUCCAAGAACGGCCACAAGAAGGAUGGCAAGGUAAAAAAGGGAUACAAAUGCCAAUGCGGCAAAAGCUAUAAAACCGCCCAAGGGCUCAAGAGCCACUCCGCCUCCCACCACAUGGCGGCCCUGCCCCUGCCGGCGCGCGCGCCCGGCCUCGUGGUCACCGCCGCGCCCGCGCGCCUCGCCGCCGACCUCGACACCACUAAACUGGUCCGGAUCUAUGACGCUUUAAAAGCCAAGGAUCUCCCCUCCUUCACCAUACCCAAGCACAACUUGGCGAGUGUGAAUAUAGUGAAUGGAGUCGUUCGCGCGCUGGCGCCGGCGGCGAAGUUCGAGCGGCCGAAGGUCACGGUGCAGGCGCGCCCGCUCGCCUCGCUCGCCCCGCUCACCCCGCUCACCCCGCUCACCCCGUACGGUAACGUAGGCAACGAGGCUAACGCCUAGCUUACACGAGUCUGGUGCUUGUCCCUAAUGCUUAGUUGCACAGACGCUUAUUAAUUUUAAAAAGUAAGGAUUAAAAAAGCCAAUACCUAAGUUUUAAGCCAAAUAUUAUUAAAUAUUAGUUAGCGUACAUACUACGAUACGCGCUGGUUUAGUUUCUUUAGCGGCCGCUUGGUACGCUAUUGUACGCUAAGUGUGAUACAAGUGAGAUAAAGGCGAAUUUAAUCGUGAUGUUACUGUGACGUAUGCUUCGCCUAAAACGGCAACUAAGCUCCUACUGUGCAAUUAGGUGUUAGUGCCAUGUUUGAAACAUAUGGAAAUAAACGUUAACUUGCUCGUGUAAACUCUUCAUAACUGCCGUUCUCAAUAAGUCUAUCUUCAUCUAGAAUAGACAUAAAUUGUUCGUCUCUUUUUGACGUGUACCUAAUAACUUCGGAAAGAACGAAUGCCUUGUGUGUACCACGGUGUGUAUUCUAAUGAUUGCCAACAGUCGUUUCUGUCCACGAUUAGAGACAAUGAGCUGAGAAUAAAAAUCUUAUUGGACUUUUAUACUUUUAAAUAUACUGAGUAUGAGAUAGAAUAUUGGGAACGGCGGUGAGGUGUCAAUGUAGGUGUAUAUUACAUUGUACGCAACUACGCACCUUAGCGCGGUUUAAGGAGAUCAGAAUCAGUGUAUAGCUACCUAGGCAUUAAUCUAAUGUAGAGAUAGGUACUUCACGCUGCAUUAAGAUCUAAUCAUUGAGAUGUCAGUUCCAACGGUGUCAACGUUUAACGUCUCAAUCGUUUCAUGAUAUUUUCGAACUUAAUCGUUGUAUUUUGUCUUCGUCACGGUUUCUUUUAUUAUUAUUAUUAUUAUUUAUUCUAUAUUAAAAUCUUACAUUACAUCAGACAGAAAAGUGCCGUGAAACCCUAUCGGGUUUGUAUCGACACUGCAAAACGCGACACUUUAGGCUACUCGACUUGUUUUCUCUUUGUCGCCGUUUUCUUUGUUAGACUGCUCUUUUUUGUCUUAUUUGCUAUUCGUGAUGUCUUUAUGAUAUAUCAUCAACGGCAAAUGUUUCAAGAACGAUUAGCGUGUUAAAAGAAUAAAAAAGGUUACGAAUGACAAUUGUGACCGAAAACAAGCGACGAUAAGGCGGGAUUCCACCAGUGUGCGGCACUGUGCGGCACAUAAGCAUUUUAAGUACCUACAAAAAUUCUUGUGCCGCACUGCUGCACACUGGUGGAGUCCCGCCUUAACUAAUGUGACGAAAAGUACCUGUGACCUUUUAUAAGGAAGAACAAACUAACCGAGUACCUACAAAAGCAAAUAAUACAGAACGUGAACAGAAUCUUCAAUCAAUUGAAUUCAAUUUACCGAAAAUAUCGGUAAACAAAUUAGGCGAAAAUCGAUCACACCGUUUCAACCGCUGACUCAAUUAAAAAAUAAAGUCAUUAAUGUUAAGUGUGAACGUGCAGUUCCUAUUAAAAAAAAUACAAAAAAAUGUUCAUUAAUAGCCCUCAUUUAAAUAUUUGUUACUCUUUUAUAUUUCAUUCCUUUAUUUAAAUAUGUUACACAUUUUGUAUAUGAUUAUCGUAUGUUAGUAGCUAACUGCAUGCUUUUUGUUUAUGCACAAAGAUUUUAUAAUGAUACACUAAGGUACUUAUGCGUGUUUUUAGGGUUUCGUUCUAUAGUCAACUAAUAAUCCUUAUUUAGCCGCUAUACUUACUCAACCUCGUAUCUGCAACACUCAUUUGAUGACAAAAACAACCGUAUUCCGAAUGAAAGAAAAGCGACAUUUCCAUCAAAUGAUUGUUGCAGAUAUGAGAUUGAGUAAGUAUAGCGACGAUUUGUCGUAAUGUUAGAAAGGUGGGUUUAAAUAAAAUGUACACAGUUGAGGUCUUAAUUCGUGUACAAAGUUUACCCACGUAAAUUGUAUAGGUAUCUAUAAACUUUCGUUAGGUAUUGAAUUUAAUCAAUUAACUCAGACGACUUAAGUCCUUAAUAAUGUACAUUUUCCCAUCGAGUUUUUUUUUCUUAUUUAAAUUGAGACACCGGUGACAGCUGUACCAAAACCACAUUAACGAUUAUCAACGACUAUAAUAUACUAUAUAUAUAUAUUCUUUAUCGAUGAAAACGUUAAUAAUAUGUCGUUGAUAAUCCUUUUGUACCAAGGUCUGAUGUGACUGUGAUGAAUGUUGAUUACUAAUAUUUAUUAAUUAUUUAUUUGACGGUUGUUUUGUGUUCGAGACUAUUUUAUGUUGAUUAGUAUUAUUAGUAACGUCCAAUGAUUAUAGUAAUUACUUAAAGAGGAGUAUAAUAUUCAUUUUUUGUAGCCGGAUAUCACGGUUAAAUGUUGUAUUGUUAUACUGUGUGUAUGUGAACUGUUAUUUGUACAGUAAGCUGCAGAAAUAUCUACGCUACGAACGCUGUAAAAUAUAUUCGAGUUGAUGUCAAAUGCCCGAGUGCGUUCGUACCUAUUGUAUGUAUUUUUGUAGUUGACUGUAUCGCGCGAUUUAGUAUACCUAUAGGUCUCCUAAGUUAAGAAGAGGCAAAUGAUAAGGACGACGAAUGAAUGGAACUACUUACACACACAGGUAAAACAAGUGUAAGAAUUAAAACCGAGUUGACAGUUUUUGGUGUACACACGAUACGUAUUGUUGAGUGGGUUGCGCAGCCUCUUCUUAUGGUGCGAUACCUGCCUAAUGCCUAUACUAGCGUCUUGCUGUGCUAUUUCUCUUCGUUGGUGUACUUAAAUAUCGCAGCGCUUCGCAUUGUUUUCUAAAUUUUCCCGUUAAAAAAAAUAUUUAUAAGUAUUUAAAGCGAAAAAAAAAUACAAAAAUGGCAUUUGUUUUAAGUAACAUCUCGAUAUUUAGAUUAAAGACGAUACUCGGAAAUGUGAUAUGUAGAAAAAAAGAAAAAAAAGCUUAUAAGCAUACUCGUAUAUAAAUAUGUAGGUAGUAAGUAAGGCCGGUGUUUGUUACUUGGGUUUGUUUUGUGAUAGUGUUGUUGUAGUUCGCUUUGGCGUUGUGGAUCCUUUUAACGACAUUGUAGACAGUCUAUAUGGGGCCUAGCCAAGAUAACAACAGUCCAUCGCCAAACGCUAAACGAAAAGAAAGAAUGAAUUGUACAGAUGCUACGAAAAGGCACGUGACUAUUUCCAUCAUAUAAUAGGUAGUGUAAGAUUCCAUUGGCAUUUUCUAUUAAUGAUUAUCAUCUUGGCUAAGUCCCCUGGAUGACUCGCGCGUCACCGACUAAGCCUGCCCGAUAAGAAUUUAAUUACUUAGUAACCAUUAAAUAGGUGCUAAAGUAGUGCAAAAUAUUGUAGUCGCAGGUUUGACAGCUGUAGUAUGGCGCCUCGUUCAUUGCGCGGCAAUUUGGUUGCUAAACGCUAAAGUUUGACAAUCCAAUUACCACCAGAGGUCACCUCUAACUUUAAUUUUUUCAGGUUUAAAAGAGUAUUUAACACAACUUUCCUGGUCUUAGUACUCGUGUUGUUUUGUCUAUGUUAACAAUUUCCUUGGUAGGGAAUAUCGAUACGAUAGGUAAUUCGUUGUACCUACUACAUUUGUAUUUUACCGUGCCAUCGUGCGAUUUCCCUUUUACUAGGUAUAUUCGUGUAACCUGGGCUUUAUACUUUUUAUUCUUUAGUCGAGACGGCGCUUCGUCGGUGUAGCGAGAGUCAACUAGUUCAUGUUAAAAAAAAACUAUACCUAAUACCUCAAUUUCAGUUAACCUCUUUACUAAUGUUUGCCUUCAUGUAUAUAACUGAGUAUACCUUUACGUUAUGUACCUACAGAUUUGACUGAUAUUUUAACUGAAAUGGUUGUAUUAAGUUUUAUGAAUAAUAUGAAUAUAAAUGUGUUUUAUGGAAGUUUUACGAAGGCAAUUUUGUAAGAUGAGAUUGGCUCUUCCCGUUUUUCACAAUUUAUUUUUAAACCUAGGUUCUAGACUUCCAAGCUAAACUUUUUGUACUUUUAAAACCCUCAUUACCUACUAAAUAUAACAUAAGUAGUUACAUAUAUAUAUACCUUCUAUAUAUAUAUAUCUUUAAAAUACCUAUUCAAAUGUUCAAAACAAGAAAUUAUUUUGUGUACGUUAAUGUCUCUACAAGAAUUAUUGUAGUUAUUAGUCUGAUUUUCAUACGUAUGAAGAGUCCAGUGGCGAAAAUUAAUAAAAAUCUGGUUAGUAAAGCUUUCAUUGAGUACUUCUUUAUUUCUAUUCAAGAUAGAGAUAGAGGCUAUGCCAAAAUAUUUCAAUUAUGGUAACAUUUACGUUUUUUCCCUUAGUCUUUUCAUACGUUCUAAUUUUUUAAGACAUUUUUUUGGUGAGCGUAUCUGAACGCUUCCUUAUUACUCAUUGAAUAAGGUUCUUGUUGUUCAGUGCUAAUCACCACUAAACGAAAUUAUGAACAGCCGGAAUUACAAUAAUGAUCUUUAUGACAACGACAAACGGUUGGAUUUAGCUUGGACACUGACAGGUUAAGAUGCAAGGGAUUCGGCGAAUAGACUGCGAGGUAGCUUAGUCAGUAAAAGCUUAGAGAGAAAUAUUCUUAUGGUGUAAUUUUGGAGGUGCUGUGUAAAGUGUGAUAAUAUUAAAUAUGGUGUUAUACCAAAGUAUGGGACACCGCAAGUGACGGGUUCCUAUUUGCUCUGGGGAUGGAUUUGGAUAUUAUUAUUAUGUUAUGACUUUUCGAAAGACCAGAUAAUGUAUCUCAAGUUGCAGAAGGAGCUACGUAAACAAAGUACUGGAAAUAUAGUAUAGUACACAAUAACAGUAACUUUCGUAUCUCGGGCCGUCAAAUAAUUCAGUUCAACGGGGCAAAUAGAAAUCGGCCAUUAUAUUUGUGGAAGGUUUAGGUCAUCUAGGAUGAAGGUGUUCGAAACCUGUUGCAUUGAAUGCUUAUCUCAGAAAGCCAAAGUAUAUAAGUAUGGUGUGCUUGCCAUUUUAAUAAUGAUCUUCUUUCGGAUCGGUUCUAUAUUGUUGCUUGAUAUAUAUGUGAAAUUUAGUUGUGUGAAAUUGACUGAACAACAUUAGGUACCGAAUAUCGAUAGCCGUUGUUGUACUCCACACUUCCUGUAGCUUAUAUCUGUGUUCACGUAUUAUUGAUGUUUCUAAGUGUAUAGUACCUAUACUAUAAUAAAUACUUACGUUACCUACUAAAAGUAAGAUGAGUGACACGAAUUCACACAUUUUAUGUCACAACAUAAUUAAAUAAGUCAAAUUGAGUCCCGAAAUCAUUCACUAAUUUAAAAUGUUAAGUUGACAUGUUUUAUACCUAAUUAGAUUUAUUAUUUUCGCUUGAUUGUCAUGCAAUGGGGUGAUUAUGUAGCUACAACUACAUGUAUCUACAUUGCACCUACACAGUUAUCAUUUUAAUUUAAAAAGACCUAGUGACCAAUAUUGUUUUCACUGGACAUUGGAGAUUAGAGAAUUGUGAAAUUGUAGGUAACUUUGUAGCUUCAUGCGUUUGAAAUAAAGGUGACUUGUGUAUUUGCUCAUGGUAUUGUCAAGGAAGUGUCAUUUUGAUAGCCAUUAUUUCAUUUAAGACUGAUCACUGGAAAUUUGUAGAAUGUAAACUUAAUUUAUUUCAUGUUAUUUUAGGAUAUUGUCGUCAAAUUCAGCUUUUUCUGAGAGAACUUUUUAUACUAUUGUAGUGAAAUGUGUUUAUCACAAGAUUAGUUUAUAGCUCAUUCAUUAAAGUUGCUCAUACAAGUACCUAUGUCAGUUGUUUGUUCAACACUUGAAAAAAGUAGUUAUCUAAAGUUAUAUUUUAAAGCGUGCUAAAGAUAUUUUAAAGGUUUAGUUUUUAAUGUUGCAUCUAGUCUUUAAAGGACUUAAUAAUAAAAAGUUAAAAGAGAUCUGCCAUUACUAAGGUUUUUCGUCAAUUAAAAUGAAAAUGACCAAUUUUUAAAUUGUUGCAUAGGAGCGGUAAGACAUUUGAUGGAUUGAAUAAUGGCAGAAAAGCUUCAGAAAAGAAGCUAAUAAUUAGGUAAACUUCUCUUUUAUGAUCGAAACUACCCUAUGGUUCCGUAAUAUUUACCUUAAGGGGUAUAUAUACUGUUAUUUUAUUAUUACCGAAGAAUAGAGAUUUAUAAAACAAUUACUGGAUUUCUUUGUGUAAUAUUUCAAGAUAAUUAAAAAUUAAAGUUUUACCUAAAAUAUACCUGUCUAAAGUUAGAAAGUCAUCAUUAUCCAUAAACGGUUGUGAGUGUAACAAGCGUAGCUUAGGGGAUAAUAGUUGCAAAUAUCAAUUAGGGACUCGUAGAAAAAGUAUUGUACACAAUAGUGAUAUAAUCAAGCUUUUCAAUCUCGUACCAUACUAAAGUAGGCCACCCCGCAAGCUUCGUGGCCUAAACACGGUACUCGACUGAAAAGCCCUCUAUUAUAUCACGAUUGUAUAAAGUGUAAGGCCUGAGUGGACGCUCGAGUUGGGCGUGCGUUGGGGCGAUGCGUGCGGCGUGCAUGUUAAACAAAUGCUAACGUAUAGGAGCGGUCUUAGUGCACGUGCACGCUGCUCACAUCACUUGUGAGCCCGACGCCACGCUGCACGCCCCGCGCCCCGCUCCCCGCCGAGCGAGCCUCCACUCAAGCCUUACACUAAGGGUCUGUUGCACCAAACUGUUUGUCAUCGUUAAAGAGUUCGCUAAAUUGUAUUGUAUGGAAAGUUUCAUAGUAAACCGCCGCGGCGCACCAGGUGACGUUGAUCAGUCUGUCAAGUGCGGAUGGUGCAACUGGCACUAAGGGUCGGUUGCACCAAACCGUCUGUCACCGCUAAUGCGUUCGCUAAAUCUUAUUGUAUGGGAAAUCUCAUAAAUCUUUGCUGCGUGACGUUGAUCAGUCUGUUAAUUUUGUUUGGCGCAACUCGCCCUUACACUAUUGCAGGUAACUUAAAGUACCUACUUCAACACCUUCGGUUGCAUUAACAUUACUUGCUGAGCUGAUGUCCUUAUGACGAUUUCAUCUAAAAGCAAAUGGCGUAUCACUAUGUAUAGUUAUUAAAUAAUACUAUCCUAUCAACAUGAUAAACCUACAGAUAAUGUAGAUUUUUCUAAACAUGACAAAUAAUAAUUUUAAAUAAUUACUCAACUAUUUUAUACGAAAAAUAUCCACAGUAUUUAUUAAGAAUUCGUGUGUUGCCAUUGUGUAUAAAUUAAAUAUUAUAAUUGCCUUAUAGUUUAUGAUGGGUUGCAAGUGUUUCAUAAUUUAUGUGUUAACAAUGAAUAUUUAUAAUUGUUAUAUAUUUCAUCCUAUUUUAGCAUUCAGUUUUAGUGUUUAUAUUGCAGCUUAUACUCGUAGAAAACUGUCAUGCCAAUUCCAUUGGAUGUUAUAUGCUUAGUAUAUGUUUACAAGUAAUAAUACAGUAGACCCUGUCUCCGAACCGGCGCUAAAUAUUCAUAUAGUAGGUAUUUCAGCAAAAUUAAAGAGGUCAAUGUGGCUGGCCUUCACAUUGGGGCUUGUUGCGAGUUCCUACCAUUGCCACUAAACGCAAGUAUCAAAUGCAUGAACUCGCAAUAAACACUAUCGUAAAGCGGGGUGGCUUUGAAAAGUAGGGAGACUUAAGUAACCCCAAAUGUAUGUAAAACCACCCCGUUUUACCGUAUUCAAUUUGUAAGCAGGCCCCAAUGUGAAGGCCGUCCGUAUUGAUUUUACCUAUAAUUUUGUUUGUUUCAGAAUACUUAUAAAUUAGAUUUUUAAAAUUUACUUGAUUGGUGUGAAAUCAAUGAGGGCUAUCGUUUUUUUGCUCACCAGUUGGCGCCUCUGUUGAUGGUGGUCCAAAAGACUAAAGAACAGCUGUCAGUCAUUGAAGUGACAAGUGACAUUUGACAUUUCGAACUAUGGAAAAGACCACCAUCUACACUAGCGCCCCUAGCGGCGAAUUCAUACGCGUUAGCCCUCAUUAUAGCGCAAGUACACAUCCGGCAGUAUGCACACGUUCCAUCAGAUCACAUGGACCGCUCGGGUCCGGUACGGUUUGCAUAGGUUGUUUCUAAAUGACCUCUUUCAUACAGGUUCGAAUUACAUACAUUAACAAGUAUUUCUGGGAUGAUGACAAAAUUGUACCCUUACAUCUCAAAAAAAUGUGCGUUUGCAGCUUUAAAGUUCGAUGAUGAAUUCUGCCAACUAUUUGAAUAUUUGCUGUACGGUUUUCUAUCUUUAAUAGAACUUGUGAGUCAGUGUCGUAACUUCAUGAAUUUAUCGGUGUUUCGGUCAUCAUCAUAAUAAAAACCAAUCAGCCAU